AUGUCCGCAUAUAGUGUCAAAACAUUAGCAGGAUUUAUUAGACCAACUUACCCACCAAAUAUUUCCGCAAACGGACUCGUUCCUAAUACUACACGUAAAGGAAAUGUUCCGAAAAAGACUUCCAACGCGGCUUCACCUGUUAUCGCAGAAUUAUGGGCUAAAGAACCACAACUAGUGAAAAACGAAUAUAACAAUUAG